GCAAAUAUUUAUGAAAGAGACUCCUCCGGCGCCGGUGUGGAAAAGCUGCAAUUUUGAUGCACUGCGUAAACAGCAGCCAUUGCAAUCACCGGAAGUGUGGAAAGCACUUAAGACCACCAAUGAAUUGCUGCUGAACAAGCUGGCGGAGUCGCCAAAUGUGUUUUUAUUAUUGCACUCGGAUGGGGACAGAAGCGAGAAACUGCAAAAGCUUAUUGGCGACAUUGCUCUCGAGACAUCAAAAUGUUUUGAUGGCCAGCAACCUAUCGAAAUGGACCUGCAGGACUUUGAGACACAGGAUGACGAUGACUACGGUUAUCCCAUUGAACAAUACAAAAACAAACUCCAGGAGGGCAACGUCUUUCUCAUCGUUAAUCUCAAUGAUAUUCCAUUGAAUGCGGCCCGUGCUCUGCACACCAUUUGUGAUACCUACAGUCCCAUAGCUCCCGAUGUGGUUAUCUUUUUGACGCUGCACACAGAUCUGCCAACCGAUGGCGGAGUCCCAUCGCAGUUGGCCGUUAAAACAUUGAACAAACUGUGGGACAGGAUACCGGACAAUGAAUUGGGCGCUUUAAUAACGCGUGUUACCGAUCAAGUCUUGCUGUUGCAGGGAUAAAUGUCGUUUUAAUUAUUACUGAAUAUACAUUAAAUAUGUUUUUAAAUAACCCUAA